UGUACGGAGAAGAGAAGCGCUCCAGAACCCUCUACGACAAUCAAUAGACUGGACAGACCAAUGACGCUCUUCUCCUCAACAUACCAUUAACCAUGACGGUAACAAUUAGCCUAUUCAAAAAGUAUGACUGAUAUUGUAUCCACGAAGGAAAUGCCCUUUUCUUCAAAAUCGUGAUUUUGAUAGAGUUCGAAAUGAUGCAUGAUUCCUCCGGCCUUCACAUCGCCUUUGGAAUCCUCUCUGCUGACGAUGCACUAUGUGGCGUCACCAGCAACAAAAGUGAUUCCCACCUGAUCUCAAGUGAAACAUUGGAUAUCGUGUGGCGGAUCUUUGUGUUUGGUUUGAUUCCCCUCUUUUCUGUGUUUGGAAUAAUAGGUAAUAUCUUUAGUCUCGCUGUGCUUUAUCACCACCGGAUGAGAAAUCCAACCAACUUAUGUCUGUCUGCGCUAGCUCUCUCUGAUAUCGGCUUUCUCGUACAAAGCCUCCUUUUCGUUGGGACUAAUAUUCAAAGCGAAUUUGACUCAGUUCUCGGUGAACAAAGGAGUCAGAUGCUCUACCCAUGGUUUGGAGCGUAUGCCAGCUUAGUGGCAGCAAAACUGUCCUCGUGUCUCAUUCUUCUCCUGACAAUAGAAAGAUACAUUGCCGUUUGUUUUCCAAUACGAGCCAAGCUGAUUUGUAACAAACGAUGCACUUUGAUAUGUCUGGUAGCAAUCUGUGUGACGACGAUCGUGGUUUUCCUCCCCUAUGCUUUUAAAUACGAGAUCGUGUACGAAGAAAAUAACGCAACGCAUACUACAGAAAUGCUUCUUAUUCCUUCCAAACUUGGAAAAAAUAGAGACUUUUUCGAAGUCUUUGGGAUGAUUCUAAACAUCGUGUACUGGUUUAUACCUAUAAUACUUCUUUUAAUUUUGAACACCAAGAUCAUAAUAAUAACCCGGAAAACCUGCUCAACCCGGAAACUCAUGGGAACUCUUGACGCGAAAAUUUAUUCCAACGAACAAACUCGAAUUACGCUGAUGCUGGUGACGAUAUCGCUUUUAUUUGUGCUGUGCACUUUACCAGGUGCUAUACAAAGCAUCCUGUCUCAUUAUAUGGACGGGUACACGAUGAAUGGACAGUAUCGGCACGUCUAUCAAUGCGUUAGCUACGUCAUCUAUUUUCUGGAGACAUUAAGCUCCUCUGUAAAUUUUCUAAUCUACAUGGUGAUGAGUAAAAAAUUCUCUAAAACAUACAAAGAAUUGUUUUGUUGUAUAAGAAAUCAGAUGCAUUACCAAGUGCCAUUCAAUUCGAAGGAGUCCUUACGGUGUAUACAGAGGAGUGAGAUCAGGGGCCUGAACAGCAGCACCAGAGGGGAUAUGCAAUCUUAAAGUAUUAAGAAACAGGGGAAGAACUAUAAAAAAUCCUCCUGUGGACAAAUAAUUCACCACAGCAUCGUUUAUGCUGGGUAAUAUCCAUGCAAAUUCUCAUCACAAUGUCUAACUUGUGUGGUAAAUACUGGCUUUAUUAUUGUUUUAUCACAGUUUUAUUCACUAUUUUCUACCCACUUGGUUUACGCUGCUGAAUCUGGCUGAAUCGGAAUGGACGGCAAACCCUUGAUCUCUUUAGAUAGACAAGGGUAAUAAUCUUAUGUUGUUGAAUCAUAUAUUCCUGAUUUUAUGUAAAAAUAAUCUGGUAAUAGAAUAUUGAAGAGAGUAUUGUAUUACAAUGUAUUCUCAAUAAAUAUCAUGUAUUAUU